AACGGGGGUCGAAUUUGUGUCAAUCCAACAUGGUUCCUGUCAUGUUCGUACGGAAUUUUCAGAACCGCGUUUUUGCGUUUUAUUGCUGCAAUACGUAGUUAUUUGGGAGGACAGUGAUACUCUUGAUAAACAAAGGUCGCGUGCUGAUCCUAUGGCCUACCUGAAGUUGUCACAUACUAGAGUCGCCUCGUAACCCUUAAUGUAUGUUUGAUAUUAUGUGCCAAAGAACGAACUCCUAAAACUUAAUAAUGGAAAACCAUCAAUCUACUAUGUGGACAGUUUCUGAAGACAGCCAUCAUAUCCUGCACACAAGGCUUGAAAACCUGUGGUCCUUUCUCCAGUCCAAGUCUGACCUCAUCAAUGCACAUCUUGUAGACUUCUUCACAGAAGACACGUGGGACAGACUGGUACCUAAGGAUCUUCAAGACGAGCUACUGUCUCUUUCUGAUCCUGAUCUUUCCUCCUUGCCAAGUUCAACUACACUUCAAAGGAAAAGAAGUCAAGCAACAGAAACUGAAGACGACAAAGAAGAACACAAAAAUACUCUUUUGUUAAAUGAAAGUACAGAUCUAGACUCUAGCAUAGGCAAUGCAAAAGCUACAGAAAACUUUUGUGGCAAAUGUGAGUGUGAAAAGAGUCAGUCAUCUCUUGAAGAGUUUAGAAAAGAAGCUCAACAGUUUGUGUUAAGCAAUUCAGGGAUCUGUGCAAGUCUUGAUGAAGUUUGGAGGACACUUGGAGUUGACUCUAAGUCUAAGGAUGAAGACAAGCGGAGAUUUGUUAAGGAGCACAUGUGUGUGAAGAAGUCUCAUGAGGUGGAGGUGUUGUCAGGAGUGGUGGCUAAGCUGUGCCAGGUGUGUCACGUAGAUCAGGUGGUAGACAUUGGUUCAGGUAAGGGCUACCUGAGUGAGUGUCUAUACCUGCAGCAUGGACUGACUGUAUUGGGGGUGGAUGCAUCAGACUCAAACACUCAUGGAGCCAAGAAGAGAAGCAAACUUCUGGAGAGACAGUGGACUGCAUUGGUCAACAGACCAAGAACUUCUGCUAAUAAGGAAUGUAUCAAUGACAGUGAACCAAUCAGGGAAGUUGUUGAAAAGAACAGUGAGAGUGAAGUAGCAGGCAAGGAAUCCUGUUCUACAGAACAUAUAGGUGAUGCAACACAGCAAGAAGUUAGCAGAGAAACUACAACACAGAAGCAGACAAGGUGUUCAAAAUCUAAAGACAGGGUGAGCAGUAAACAAGGAUCCUUUACUCCAACAACAGCCUAUAUCAACCCUGACACAGACCUGGCUGAUUUAGUUGGGGUUAGCAACAGUGAUGAAACUCUAGCAGAUUUGAGAUUGUUACUGACAGGUCUGCACACAUGCGGUGACCUCUCCCCCACCAUGCUGCGCCUAUUCGUGACCUGUCCCCAGGCUGCAGUCUUGUGCAGUGUUGGGUGCUGCUAUAACCUUCUCACAGAGGUAGAGAAGCCAGGUGCUAUAGAUGAGAAGUGUGGCUUCCCCCUGAGCCAGUUGUUACAGACCAAAUCUGUCCAUCUGGGCCGUACAGCGCGCAUGUUGUCCUGCCAGGCUGUGGAGAGGAUUAGUAGAGAGGGUCGGCUCCCCGCCAUGUCCCUGUUCUACAGAGCUGUGCUGCAGGUUAUCGUCAGGGACAAGUUUGGGCAUGUAGACAACAAUAAAACAGUUGGAAAGGUGGCAGCGAAGAGUAAAGGCUUUGUGGACUAUGUGAGACGAGCCCUGAGGAGACUACAGUUGGAACAUGCACACCUGUCUGAUGAGGAAAUCAACAGAUAUUUUGAGCAGUACCAAGGAAAACUGAGACAUCUACAUGCAUUCAUACAGCUACGUGCCUGCCUUGCACCUUGCAUAGAAGCCUUCAUCCUCCUGGACAGGCUGUGCUUCCUGCAUGAACAGACAGGGGUCUCUCAUGCUGCACUGGUCCAUGUGUUUGAUCCUGUGAUAUCUCCAAGAUGCUUUGCCCUUGUGGCCAUCAAGAAUGACUGUAAUAUUGUAACUUCUCAGGAAAAUGUCUGAGUAGACUCAGUAGUAAUGAAACUAAGAAUAAGGACAAUGAAAUGUUCCAUUGAACAGUUAUGGAACAUUUUAUUAGAGAAAAUAAAAUACUAUACAGUCAUAUAGACUCAAGUCGAUAUUUGUACUGGAGGAAAUUGUAUCUACUUCCAACAUAUUUCAUAUGAGUGGGAAAAAGCUCCAAAAGCCAAGUGGAUCCAUAUCUUGAUGUAACCAGACACUUAAUGAGAUCAAUACACAA